AUGGACUCUACUCAGACGCCUCCGAGACGCCAGUCAGACAGGCGCAGCACGCCUAGGCACCACAACCCAGAUGAGGGGUACGGCAGCCCCCCAGAUGGGUCUGGGUUGGCAGGAGAAUUCGCACUCGCACGCCGACCCGUCUCCUGGCGACGCAGCUGGAGGCGGUGGUGGUACGCCCGAGCCGGAGGGUGGAUCAGCAGCCAACAGAGUGGGCAGCGUGCCGGGGGCAAGGCGAAGCAGAAGCCUAACGACGAAGGUUCCACUCGUCUCUGUUGGACGCCUGCGGAGAAGGUCGUACUCUGGAAGGCUUUCCAGAAACAAAAUCCUUUUGCAGAGAGUGGGCAGAAACUGAUGAGAAAACAUUGGCGUAGGGUAGCCGCUUACGUCAUCGAGGACCAGGACGUGGAGGUAUACACGAACGAAGGAGGCAGGGAGACCCCUCGUGUGUUGCAUUCAUGUUAUCCUUGUGGGUCUUACGGUAAGGGUUAGCAUCACUUUGAAUCUUCUAGUAGUGCGAGGCAGUGGUCUCACGAGAACAUUUCCCACAUGACGUGCUCGCGUUAGGCGUAAAAGGUGUUUCGUCUAUGCCGGAACAAGGUGCCACACUUUCAUUGUGCGUUCAUGUCUGCUGUGAGUUUCUGGAGACGGGGUGGAGAGAUUCCAGGCUCCCGCCACGUUCUGAACUGCUAAUUCUGGCACAAGAUGAAAUACUGCAACACUAUGCAUGAGGGAGUUACGCCUAUUACAAUUGUAUGCAUAGCACUGACAUGGCCGCCAG